UUUAAAAUUUUUUAAUUUUGUGUUCAUACCAAAGCCGAAGAGACAAAAUUCACUAUAAAUUUGAACCAUAGCCUUCCCAUUUGCAUAAACCCCACCGAACCGGCCGCCACUUACAAAACCCAUAUUUCUGCAUCCCUCUCUCUCUCUCUCUCUCUCUCUCUCUCUCUCUCUCUCUCUAAUAUCCAUUUGUGCUCUCUUUACAUGGAGUGGAUUAGAGGGCCAAUCAUAGGGUGCGGCUCCACCGCCACCGUAUCGCUGGCUACUGUCGUCCAGUCGGGUGAGGUCUUUGCGGUAAAGUCCACCGAGCUCUCUCGCUCCACGUUCUUGCAGAGAGAACAGCGUUUUCUCUCUCAGCUAAGUUGUCCUCACAUAGUUAAGUACAAGGGCUUUGAUAUUUCAUACGAAGGUAACAAGCCUGUGUACAAUCUUUGCAUGGAGUACGUACCUGGUGGCACGCUUUUCGAUGCAAUUCAAAGGCACCAAGGCGGCCGGCUAGACGAGGCUUUGAUCAGAGCGUACACUACGCAGAUUUUGGAAGGCUUGGAAUAUCUUCAUGCAUUCGGGUUGGUACAUUGUGAUAUAAAGAGCCAGAACAUCCUGAUAGGCAAAGACGCUUCCAAAAUUGCUGACUUGGGCUGCGCUAAAUUGGUCGGAAACGUUGCUGGCAAUGGAGAUCCUGCCAUCUCACCAAUUUGCGGUACACCAAUGUUCAUGGCCCCAGAAGUGGCGCGAGGUGAAGAGCAGGGUUUUCCGGCUGACAUAUGGGCUCUUGGAUGCACGAUCAUUGAAAUGGCUACUGGUAGUACCCCUUGGCCGGAGAUGAAUGACCCUGUGUCAGCUCUCUACAGGAUUGGGUUUUCUGAUGAUGUGCCGGAGCUUCCGAGGUUUUGUUCAGAGAAUGCUAAGGACUUUUUGACCAAGUGUUUGAGGAGAGAUCCAAGGGAGCGAUGGACAGCCAAGGAGCUUCUUGGGCAUCCAUUUCUUACAGAAAUCGAUCCUCAUACUAUGGAAGCUAAGCAGUUCACUGCGGUAUCUCCGAGUAGUGUAUUGGAACAUGGUUUUUGGGAUUCAUCAGAAGUAUUGGAAUGUCCAAGGAAUCGGUCCCAUGAAGGUACUUCGUCCAAUUCUCCAGCUGAAAGGAUCAAGGGGUUGAUUGGAGGGACAGUGCCAUCAGUUUCAUGUGUGCCCAACUGGAGUUGGGAUGAAGAUUGGGUCACGGUGAGAAGCAACGGCAUAGAGGAAAAUGAGAAGUUUUCAGGCCAAUUGGAUAUGUUCUUGGAAAAUGAAGAUUCAGUUGCAACAGCAUUUGUCAUAGUUCUAGGUACUCAAUUAGAAUGUUUUUUUGACAGUAUAAGUACUAUUAUCAGUAUUAUUAGUAUUCGGAGAGGCUCUGUUCCGGGAUGCGAGAGUGUUAAGGAUGAUAUUGUAUUGAAAAUUCCAAAUUCCGAAACUGAAAAUGAGAAUAUUUGUAUACUUCCAACUCAAUUAUUAUCUCAUUUAAAUCCUAAACCCAUUCAAUGUAAUCUUAUCUUGUUUCUGCAAAUAUACUUGUUCUACAAUCUCUCCUCUGGACCUCUGGUGGCGCGAGGGACUGACUUUGAGCGAGUCCUCUAGCGGGUCAAUUUCUGCUUUUGCGAUUUGCCUAUGUAUCUGUGCAGAAGAGACUUUAGAUAGAAAAUUUAAGAGGUCAAUGUUGGGUUCCUGACCCUUUCACGAAUCCGUCUUUUGUGGGUAAUUUUUUAACCAGAUCCACAAUCACAAAUUUCUCACCUUUUUUAUUUUUAUUUUUUAUUUUCUCGUAGUAUCCUCACAGUCACAUAUAUAAAAGUUGGCAGCAGCAGGAGAUCACCUCUCAAAGUGCGGCUGCCACUAUCCCCUGGUAGCAUAAUCAGUACUAAGCGAGACCAGAUCAUGUAUUGGAAUCAAGAAGAAGUCACUUUCAAUUCAUGGCUUCCUAAUUCACAGUGAAGGCAUUGACCAUUCCCACCAUUAACGAUAGCGGAUUGAACUAAUUCUAAAGACUCAGAAUGGCCAAAUGAACCAGAAAAUGGGCGCAUGCAUGAAUGGUGUUAAUACAUAAAAAAAUGUAAAACCAGCUGUCUUCUCCCUCGAUCGCUUUUAUGGAGAGUAGAUUGUAAGCAU